AUGGGAAAACACGAUUAUGACAUUUCCAUAAAAACAGGAAAAAGGCAGAUUAGCAACAAAGACGGUCGACGGGGAGUGAUGGCUUUCAUCUCCGGUCUUCGCAUUCUUCCCUUUCCCCAUCGGUUUCUGGAUAUGGCGUUGUGGCUCAAAAGGCCGCCCACAUCUUUUUUUACGACGGUUUGGAACGAAGUGCCGUGUGAUGAGUCUGGCCCCGAGAACAACAACACUGGACAACAACAACUGGGUGUCAUUGAUAUGGCUUUGGGCAACAACAACUGGACAUCUUUCUCCGUGCCACAUGACGAGUCUGAUCCCGAGAAUAACAACAACACCGGGCAACAACAAGAACUUGUUGGUGUUAGGUGGAGGGAUAGUCGAGAACGGACACGGAAAUGGUGUAUAAGCAGAGAACGGAGGCGCAGGUGA